AUGCCCGAUGAAUUGAUCCAUUUAUUCUGUGCGGCCACUUUUUCAGAAGCCAUCGCCGACUUCCUCGGGACACAAGAGUGUGUUUUGAUGGAUGCUCAGCUCCACAUCCGGUCCAAAGUGGAAGACAUUGUCUUGAUUUUAAUGCCUUGGCGAGCCCUUGUGAUGUUGGCAAAGCUCCCGGUCAAGGUACAAGCGAGCUUCAGCUUCCUGGCCGUACAGUCCAUGACAAUGGGAGAAGCAAACCAGUUUGUUAUAGAAACAGAUACAUCUGCCUUUGAAUUCAAGUUCUUCUCGCUGGACGAUUUGGACCACGUGGCUGUCCACAUUGUGGCAUCUCUGCAGAAAGCCUUUCCAGAUGCUUCACUUGGGAACAUACUCCGAAAUGCAUCUCCCAGUUUGCUUGAGAAAAUUCAAGAGACGACAGAGUCUUUGGAAAACUUUCUGAGGGAAAACGGAGGCCCGUGCGGAGGGUUCUCGGAGACGUACGCUGCGCUCUGUGAUUACAGCGGCCUCCCUUUCCAAAAGGAGAUCCAGUGGAACGUGGACAAUCUGUAUCACCGCCAAGAAUGCCGGGAGUUCAACUUGCUGGAUUUCAUCCACCUGCCCAGCCAGGAUGUGGCUCUUAGUGUCGCCGUCCUGUCUUCUAAUCGGUGGUUCAAAGGGCUGAGUGGCAAGAACUGCAAACUGAGUCUGGAUGUUCUGAAGCAGAUCCUUCGGGUGCUCGGUCAGUCGGUGACUUUGGAAGAGCUGGUCUUGGAAAACUGUGGCCUGAAGUGGCCACUGGACCCACGAUCUCCCUGUGACUUCCAUGCCUUUCGUUGGGAUUUGAACCCGGGAAUGAAUGCCCUCGGCCUCUCUCUCGCCUCCAACCAGCUCUUCAGAAGGACUUUGUGCUCCUUGGACCUGUCUGGCAACCCAGGGAUCCUGGCCACCGAAGGCACCAACGUCUUCAGAGCCUUGGCGAGUGGAUGCUGCCAGAACCUUGUCCACCUCGACCUGUCCAAUAAUGUUUACUCCUACAAGAAGGGCAGAGAGGUCCCUCCUGCAAUCCGCCAAUUCUUCCGCGAAGCCUCCGCCAUCAAGCGCCUUUCACUCUCUGGAACGAAGCUGCCACCAGAGGCUUUGAGGGCUUUGCUUCAGGGUUUGGCCUAUAACGUCCAGUUGAGUGGGUUGAGCCUGGAUCUCAGCCGCUGCCAGUUGAGAUCCUCAGGUGCCCAGGUGAUCCAGGACCUCGUGUCGGAUGCCAGUUCAAUUGGCGGUUUCGAUUUGUCUGACAACGGGUUUGGUUCCCACAUGGUGACCCUGGUCUUGGCUGUCAGUCGAAGCAGGUCCAUCAAGCACGUGGCUUUCGGGAGGAACUUUAACAUCCGGUCCAGGGCAACCCUGGUUGAUACCUUGCACCGGAUUGUUCAACUAACCCAGGAUGAAGAUUGCGCGGUUGAAUCCGUGUCAGUAGCCGAGUCUCGCCUGAAAUUGGAGACUUGCAUCCUUCUGGAUGGUUUGGGAAGCAAGAGAUGUCACCUUGUCACGCUGGAUAUCAGUGGCAAUGCGAUGGGAGACACGGGUGCGAAGGUGCUCGCAAAGGCUUUGUCAGUCAACACGAAACUGAGGACUCUAAUUUGGGACAAAAACAACACCACGUGGUGGGGAUUCCUUGAUUUUACUCGUGCUUUGGAAAGGAAUCUCACGCUCAAGACGAUGCCGUUGCCAAUGAGCGACGUGACUCGGGCCUGCCAGACCCACCUGGAGGAAAUGGAGGAUCUUGUGCACAAGAUGCAGUCUUACCUUGCAAGGAACCAGUUUCAGGAAACGCUGCUCGUGGAGAAAUCUAGCCUUCCGCCCACGCCUACGUCCAUCUCUCCGGAAAAGGCAACCUGCCUGGCUGGGGAGAGGGGCUGGCAUCUGCAGGGACCCCCCCCCCUCUCUGUGUGUGUGUGCCCCCUCCUCCCAUUUCUCUCCCCUCCAGGUCCCUUCUUGGAUGCCAUCCUGACGGCAGAGGAGGAGGGAGACACCAGCAGGACCGGGCCCCCCCAGGCUGAGCUGUCACUCAGCUGUGCCUCCUCCGCAAAGUCACGCCCUGCCUCCACAAAGGAUGCUGAGGCUGGGAGUGGGCUGCUCCUUCCUCCUCUCCCUCCUUGCACAACAGAGCCUGCGCCUGCCGAAUCCCUUAUGGACCCCCUGCCCACCGCAGGGGAGAAGCUGGAGCAUCACACCCGGCACAGGCCCAGGCCCCACCGCAGGAAGAGCCAGGCCCACGCCGGCAAGCCCCACGUGCAGCCACCAGUGCGGGAGAAUGACGAAGACAGAAGCAUUGCUCGGCUGGACGAAGGGUUAGAUGAGUUCUUCACAAAGAAGGUGAUCCACGAACCCCUCGUCCCGGUUUCCCCGGAGACUUUGCCGGCCACGGCCAUGCCCACCCCUUCCGGCUCUCGGGCCUUCAAAAAGAAGAUCGGACACUUCUUUGCCUUCAAGAAGUCCAAGUCCGGCCGGGGCGCGAGAGCGGAGAAGGAGCCGGAGGGCAGCCCCUUGGCCUCACGGUGCAGGAAACUGAUGCUCGACGACCUUCUGCGGACCCCCAGCAAAGCCAGCGAGGCCAUGAAAGCGCUCAGCAAGUCCGAAGAAGAGGGGAUGGCCGGGGAGGGCAGGGGCUGCUUGGAGCAAAGCCAGACCCCCGACAGCGCUCGCCGGGCCAGGCCAAAAUACUCUCGGGAAGGGAAGUCCCAGUCCUUGAUCCUCCUCUCCGGGGAGGGCGAAGAGGGGCUGGGCGUGCGGCACGAGAAGAAGAGGCCUCUCGAAAGAAGCGACGGUGAGCUGCCCAACUCCUUUGAGCAGCGUGUCCAGGUCAUGCUGCAUCGGAUUGGGGUCACCAAAGUGUUAUCCUCGGAGGGCAAAAAGAAGCAGAGCAAAGACGGAGAGAUCAAGAAGGCUGGUUCUGAUGGGGACAUUGUGGAUACUAGUUCUGCAGAGCCUCCUCCUUGCGCCUUGAAAUCUCGCACGCACUCCGUGUCCACAGGAAAUCCUUCUGUGCGCAUGGAGGUCGUGGGCAGGACGGGCAAAGAGCCAAGUGUUGGAUCCUGCGAGGGGAGGCUUUCCUGGAGAGCUCUGGGGAGGCAGCUGAACGCAGAGCUGAAGGGCAAAUGCUCAGAACUCGGCUCUUCCCCGAGGAGAGCGUGCGCCGCUCCGGAGCCCACCAGCCCCCGAGAGCAGAAAGGUAGGGAGAGGUGGAGCAGCAGCUUGCCCCGGAUUGGGAGGAGCACGGCCGGCCACCUUCCUCACCGGAGGACGAGCAAUGCCGGAGACGGACACCCACCUGCCCAACCACAGCAUCCCUGCCCUGAUGGAAACACCAUCGCUGGAGACAAUCAACUCAAACCCAAAUCCCGCCUGAAGCCUGUGGUAAACCGGAGGGCCAUGUCUGUCCAUGAAGAACAGCUCAGGGGCCAGGCCUGCGAAGCAGAGCUGCACCAUGCAAAAUUCCCCCUUUGUUUGCAACGCUCACCUGUCCUGAAGUGGAAGAUUAAACCCAAGUCCCCGUUGGAGCCUGAAACAUCCGCACCACCGGAUUCCCCAGGGAUUCCACCCCAAGAAAGGAACGUGGCGGCCACAGAGUCGAAGCAAAGAGCAGAAAUGGAAGAGGAGUUGGAACAAGCUUUGGAACAAAUUCUAGAGAACGCACAAAACACAGCUCUAGACCAAAGAACUGCGGUGCCGCUCCCCAAGUCCCCAACACGCGAGCAUUGAGUCCGUGGCUGGAGCUUCGACACGAGCAAAGGACGGAGGCUUCAGACUUGAGGCAGCAGGGCACCGCUGCUGGAGCGCCCCCAGCAGUUCCGCACAGAGCCAAACAAAUGCCAGGCCUCCACUGUGGCUCCCAAAUUGGUCAGUGGCCUUUCCAACAGGGAUUGGUGACGUCUACGCUUCUGCACGUCUUCUUGGUUGUCCCUUUUCACCUUUCGCUCUUGUGUCCUCCCAUGUAAGUGCCCAGUAUUCCCAUGGUUCAGGUGACGGAGGCCAAAAACAGACUGUACUAGAAACGGGCUACUUCCAGCUGCAGUUGUCUAGCUGGCCCUCGAUAUCAUAGAUGUGAAGAAGGAUAGUGCCAGAAAUUGAGAACCACCAGCAAGAGGAGGACAGGGGAAUCAUUUGUGCACACUCACCUUGCCAGCCUUGCAUUAUGUUUCAGGAGGUUGGCGCUUAGCCCGUGGUGGAGUGGACCGGAAAAGCGUGAAUGCCAAGUUCAGCCACAACGCAAAGUGGUCAGUCUCACAUUGACAAUCUUCCUCCUUUCAGCCUAUAUCGCAUCCGUUCCCCUGGUCCUACUGCCUUUGGCUAGCUCCCCUCAUCGCAUGGUGGUUCUUUGAGCGGUCACCCAUGCCCUCACACAAAUGGGUUUGUGCCUGUGCAGAGGUUCAAUUCAGGAUGUUCCAGAAGUGACGGGGUGGUGGGAAUACCUGUCCCCUUCCCACAUGUUCUCACCGGCCAAGGUAAUAUCUCCUCCAUGUUGAAAUCUACUGUGGAACAUUGCAGGAUCUAGAUAAGGGGAGGGAGGAUGGGUCUGUGUGAAGCACAGAGACCCAUUCAAAGAGCCCGUUACAGGUCACCAGCGUGUUCUUCUUGGGCUCUGUGCCUCAUACAAAUGGGUUACUACAAACUUUACUAACAGGUGGGGGAUCAGGUCACCAAAGAAUAGAUGGGAGGACCAAAGUUGACACCUACCCUAGAUCUACAUUCCAUUUGGCAGUGAAGGAAGGAAGGAAGGAAGGAAGGAAGGAAGGAAGGAAGGAAGGAAGGAAGGAAGGAAGGAAGGAAGGAAGGAAGGAAGGAAGGGGUCAGAGACCAGGCCACAGCUUUCCCUCCGUCUGAAAUGGAGCGUGCAGUCCAUUUGGAAAUCUCUGCGAAUGCACUUGUUUAAGGGCAGCAGACAGAAGGGAUAAGAAAAAGGAGGCAAGGGGUUAAAUGGCAAGGGAUGAUGCUACUCAACAAGAGAACCAUCUGAAGAGAAGCUGUUCUACUGACAGAGGAAAAGGACGGGAGGGCAAUCUUCUCAGUGAGCCACAGGACCUGCGUGGCAGAAUGAGAGAGGACUGGUGUCCCCACCAAGCUUUCCAGCUCUGGAAAAUUCCAAACUGAGCUUCUGCAUAGGCACAAAUCCAUUUGUGUAAGGCACAGAGACCACAAAGAAGGAUCUACAUUCUCGUCAAUUAUCCACUGAUGUCAGUGAGGUGUUUGGCAUGAACGAAGCAGGAGCAGAGUGUGUGUGUGCGUGCGUGUUUUUUACCACUUUCAGCAAGUUAAAAAUAAUGGCAUCCCAGCCCUUCCAUUCCACAAUUAAAUGAGGAUAAUUUAAAUCUGC